AUGUCGGAUGCCUUGAAAGAGAAUCUGUGGCCCGUGGUGAUCACCUCGCUGCUGACGGUGCUGGUGGGCAUCUGUGGGUACGUGGCGGUCGGAAUCCAGAACGGGCUGACGUCCGCCACCAGCACGCUCGUCGUGGUGCAGAAGGACCAGGUCAAGCUUGCGACCCAAAUGUCGACGCUCACUUCGGCCGUGGAGCGGCUCGACACGCGGCAGGGCGAGCUGCGGCUGGACAUGGCCGCCCGUAAAGCCAACGCGUUUACCGCCCAAGAGGGCAACGCCGUCCAGCUACGCAUCAGCGGCAACACGGCGCUGAUCAAUGAGAUACUCCGGGACAACCAGAAGACGCUCGAGCAGCUCCAGAAGGAAGACGAGCGGCUGCCAGCAGUGAGCCGCGCAUCGAUGUUCGAAUACGACUACGAACCGGAGUCUUACGCGGGCGAUCGCGUGGGAUGCCUGCGUAUGUUCGUGCUGCUGGUCGUCUUCCUGCUGGGGUCGCUGGGCUUCCUCGUAGCGGUACGCGCCGCCGAGCAGCCCACCCCACCCCAGCCUGCGGUGACCGUUACCGCUCGCGGCGGCGCGUACUACCGCGUGCUGAUCGACGGCGAUGAGGUGAGCAAGCACAGCACCCAGCACAAGGCUCACGAGCGGGCGGCCAACGAGGCGCUGGCCAACCCUGAUGCGGCGGUUGAGGUCCGGUACGAGGUCCGCUACGAGUUCACGGCGGUGAAGCCUGCCCCAACCCCUGAACCUGAGCCCAAGCCAGACCCCGAGCCCGAGCCCACCGCUGGCGCCGUUACGGGAGAGCGGCUCAAGCUAGUCGGCGGCUAUCAGAUCCCGUUUACCGGCGUCGGGGGCAACAACGCCCGCUACUCCGGCCCCGGCCUGGACUACGACGCCGACCGCCGCGCGUGGGUGGUCCGCUACGGCGUAGGUGGCCACAUCGCCGAGCUGAUCGAGCAGGGGCCGCCCGGCGCAGGUGAGCCAGCGACAUGGCCGGAGCUGGCCAUCGGCCGCAGCGGCAAGCCGUUCGCCACAGUCGACAAGAUCGGCCCGGCGGGCGUGCUGUGGCUGGACGCGGAUACCGUGCUGUGCUCGGGCCGGAAGUCUUACCGGAGCGGAUUCACCGCGGACUGGUUGGCGACGCUCAACCUGGCGACCGGCGAAGAGCGCAUCAUUCCGAUGGCCAACCCCGGCGCCGACGAGCAGGCGAAUUUCCACAUGCUCCAGGCGUUCGGAGCGGGCCUCUUGCGCAUCCCCCAGCCGUGGGCCGACGUGCACACCGGCGGGCGGACCAUCGGUGCGGGGCGCGGCGGCUACGACGUGCUAGGGAGUCCGCUCGGCCCGGCGCUGGCGGCGAUCAACCUUGACGACCCGUACCCGAAGCGGGUGCUCAUCGACCACCCGAAGGAAACGCCCGCGCCCCGCAACCCCCGCUACCAGUUCGCGGAUUCCGACCGCGCCCGCCUGCCGAUGUGGCGUGAUCCGGUCGGCGGCCGCGGGUACUGGAUCGCCGGCGACUGUGGCCAGCCCGCCUGGGUGAUCGGCCGCGCCCUGGUGUUCCCGGCGAGCCAGGUUGACGGAACCAUCGACUACCGCGCGCAGGGCGACCGGGGCGGCAACCUCGGCCACUUCGGCGUGGAAGAUCCGACCGUGUUCUACAACACGAACGACGGACCCAACCGUGGCGACCACCAGUCCGAGACGCGCAACGCCAGCCUGCCGCCAGCGGUGCUGCGUCACCGGCUUUACAGCUACGACCCGGCGCAGCUCGCCGAGGUGCUGGCCGGCGAGCGUGAGCCCCACGCCUGCGAGCCGACCAUAAGCGACUUCCCGCUCCCCGAGGGCGCUAGGCUUGUGGGCCUGCACUACGACGAAUCGCGUGGCCUGUUGUGGGCGCUGCUGCGUGACGUGAUCGACGGUAAGAAGCCGGUGCUGGCGGCCUAUACGAUCACCCAAACCGAGGGCGAGUGA